GCAUGCGGAGGAGCCGGGGCUGGAAGAGGCAUAGGAGCCUUUCGGGCGUACUUGUCUGCUUACAAGCGGAGAUCUUCCCUGAUUCUCUCGGGACGCUGGUGCAGGCACCAUGCAUCGCUUGUCGGGGCUGAGCAGGGAAGCCGCUGUCGCCGCCGCCGCCGCCACUCCCCCUCGCCUCCCGGACCGCCGAGCCGAGGCCGUCCGCUUCCUCGCCUGGCUGGCCACCGGCAAAGAGCGCCGCCGACGGCCCUUCAAUGCCCAGCGCACCAACGCCCAGCCGCUUCUCCUGGCUGGUUGGAGCAGCGCCGCCGCCGAAGCCCCCGCGCUGCAGCUGAAGGAGAAGGCGCCUCGCGAGAAGAUCCUCACGUUGGAAUCCAUGAACCCGCAGGUCAAGGCGGUGGAGUACGCGGUGCGGGGACCCAUCGUCCUGAAAGCGGGCGAGAUCGAGAAGGAGCUGCUGAAGAUUGCUUGUGAUAGUAUCAGUUACGUUGUUCAGGUUAUGCUUACACCACCUGGCUCGUACAGUGCCAGCCAAGGAGUCAAUUGCAUCCGUGAAGAUGUAGCGGCAUACAUUGAGCGGCGAGAUGGCGGUGUCCCCGCCGAUCCAGAGAACAUUUACUUGACCACAGGAGCGAGCGAUGGCAUUGCUGUGGUGGCACUUUGCACUUAUCCCAUCCUGCUGGACAGCCCCAGUUUCCCAGAAGACUCCAAGAAGAGGGCAAGGCGGAUCUUACAAGGCUGCGGAGGCAACAGCUUAGGUACUUCCAUCACUUUUUCACAUUAG